AUGUCUGAAAAUAUUGACUGGUUGCAGAGCCAGCGAGGGCUCUGUAAAAUGGAUCGUUAUACUCCUGGAGGCGAGAAAGAACACAAUUGGACAACUGAUUCAGCAAAAGUUUUCAAACAGGUUACAUCUGAUCCACUCAAAAUCUUGAGCUGGCUUCGAAAAGACCUUGAAAGAUGUGCACUCAGCAUUCAGGAUGUGCUAAAGACUGCUGAACAGCAGAAGGGUGAUGGAAACUCAAGAGAACCAUCUGAUGGGGGGCAGCAUAGUAUAUCACCAGGAGGAUUCAGUGUGUAUGGUGAACAUAUUAGCAUGGAUGUCAGAUCCAACACUGGAUCACCAGAUUUUCAUUUUGAGGUAAAAGCUACUUCAAAUCCAAAGGAGCCAAAGGACACAGAUGAUCAGGCUAAUACUAUAGAAGGCAAUCAGGAGCUAGAUGAAGUUUCCUUUUAUGCUGACAAACUCUCUAACCUUGUCAUUGCAAUGGCACAUAAAGAGAUCAAUGAAAAGUCAGAUGGUCCUGACUCAUGUAUACACAAGACACAUUUUGCUCUUCUUGGGGAACCUGGCCAUAAAUCUGUUGGAGUAGGUACAAACGAAGAUAAAAAUAAUCCAUCAAAGAACGUCAAUAUGAAAGAAACUAAAUUUGAAGAGAAUCCACCUUCCAAGAAAGCAUUUUUUUAUAAAGAAAUAAGACAGUCUUCCAAUAGAAAUGAGCCUGUCCAGGAAAACAAAAAAUGCAAUCAUGGAAAACAGUUUGGCCAAGAUGAAUUUACAAAUACUUUAAGCAAAGGGAUACUAAAUUAUGCCAAUAAUGUGGUUUCAGACAUGAUGGUCUCAGUUAUGAAAACCAUGAAAGGUCAGGCAAAUGACUCAAAUAUAGCUUGUAUUGUGCUGAAAAAUGUUUUACUGAAGCACUCGAAGGCAGUAGUUUCAGACUUCAUUGACUCCUGUAUGAAAAACUUACACGAUGUAACAGGCAAACUUUUGACUAAUACAGAUUUUGCUUCUUCAGUGAAGCAGACUCUGUUCACAGUUGGAAGUCGUAAGACUGCAGAAAUUGUACAAGCAAUGUUGAAUCAUUUACAUUCUAGCUUAAUAGUGCAAAAACCUGGAGGAGAUAGAUCUCAGAGUCUAUCUUAUGCAUCUAUGAAGACAGGUUCAAGAACAGCAGAUGCAAGGGCUCAGAACUUGAGGUUUGCAGCAACAAAAUCUGAAACAUUUUCAAAAGAAAUGACCUGUGCAGAAGUCGUGGGUAACCACAUCCUUAAGCAAGGGCUCACCCUCUGGCAUGAAAACCAGAAACAGUGCAGCCAGUGCUCAAAAUCACAACCAGGAAGGGAAACCAGAACAGGAUCACCAGACAACAUGCCCUGGGGUUCAGAAACUCAGGAUGUUGAUGACAGCUCAUCAGAUUCAUGGGCAGAGCGCUUGAUUGUAACUGCAUUAUUGCUGCUACAGUAUCAUCUAAUACAGCAGGAGAAUGCCAACAAGAAAGAAACAGAAGGUAACAAUAAUAGCAAACCAGGUCCUGCUACCUUUGGGCUUUUGUUAGAGGAGUCCUCAUAUGGCCCCACCUUCCAACACGGUUCAGAGAAAAGUCAGGAUUCAUUGAAAGAGGCUGAAGAAUCAGACUCACAGAAGUCUGACACUGAAAGACAGAAGUCUGAAAAUGGCAUGUCUAGUGCUAUGUUGAUGCUCGUCCGGAAGUUAAUAAAUGAAACUGUGUGCAAAAUAGAAGGUCAACCUGGAAAUCCAGUCAUGGAUGAAAUAAAACAGAGUUCUGGCAAAAGCCCUGAAGGACAUAUUAGCCUUUCAGAUGUCGAGCAAUCCUGUGAAGAGGCCAUGUCUGGACUGACUAAAAUAUUUACUGAUCAGCUUGACCUAAGUGGAAAAGAUGGGAGCAGUGCACAAUUUAUUGACAAUCUAGUGGAUACAGUGACAAAGUUAAGUCUUAUGGUAGCUAAAUACAGCAACCCUGAGUCAUCUCCGACAGACACAGGGAGCAGGGAAGAUGUCACAGAAUCAGUAGGCUCAAAGGGCACAGGAACUGCAGACUCUAUGGUUGGAUCUAGUGAAGAAACUGUAUCAGGUCACAGGGUGGUGGUGAUUAAUCAGAAUCCUUCUGAAAACGUAUAUAACAAACAAGUUCGAGCCCUGUUGCAGUGGAUGGUUGCCUCUCAGACAGACAUGCCUGUGCUGUACUUCUUGGAUGAUGAUGAAGAAUUCCUGGAUAAGCUUCAGAAACUGUCAUCAAUAGCAGUGGAGAAGGGAUACAAAGUUGGAGAAAUUAUACAAGCAAUGCUGAAAUAUGAGAAGGAAAGGCAGUCUAGUGAGGCUCUAGGGAAUGCUGAUCGGUUGCCAGUCCUGGACUGGCUGCUUAAUAACCUGUGA